ACUGCGAAGAACUGGAUGGCGUCAAAGCGGAAGUGAAAUUGCGAGACAUGGCGUCUCAUCUCCUCUCGCUCUCUCUUCAUUCCCUUUUUGUAUUCUGCAGUUCACCCACCUCUCCCCUUCUCUCCCUCUUCAAUUUCAUUUUCUUCCCUUAAUUCUCUUUCUCCCAUCUCUGUGAAUCCCUUCUCUUCUGCCAUGUUCAGGCUCUGGAAAUGGUACCAGAACUGCCUCACCUUCCAUCCAGUCAAGACCCAGGUCAUCAGCUCCGGCUUUCUAUGGGGCACCGGCGACAUUGCCGCCCAAUACAUUACUCACUCCGCCGCCAAAAACCGUCUUCAAACUUCUCCAGAUACUGAAGAAGAGUUCAAAAUAAACUGGAAACGUGUAGGUAUCACCAGUAUGUUUGGAUUUGGCUUUGUUGGACCUGUCGGCCACAUGUGGUAUGAAGGCUUGGACAGAUUCAUAAGGCUAAAGCUUCAGCUACAGCCAAAAUCAGCAAAGUUCGUUGGAGCAAAGCUGGCAAUGGACGGUCUAAUCUUUGGACCGAUCGACUUAUGCGUCUUCUUCAGUUAUAUGGGAUUUGCCAACGGCAAAGAUGUGUCCGAGGUGAAAGCAGACUUGAAGAGAGACGUCCUCCCAGCGCUCGUUCUGUCGGGUACGGUGUGGCCUAUCAUCCAGGUUGCAAACUUUCGAUACGUGCCAGUGAGGUACCAACUCCUAUAUGUUAACUUGUUCUGCUUGUUGGACAGUGCUUUUUUGUCAUGGGUUGAGCAACAAAAUGAUGCUCCUUGGAAGCAAUGGUUUACUUCUUUUAAUCCUUUUAGAGAAAGAUAAAAAGAUUUAGAGAGCUUUCUUCUCAAUAUUGUAGCCUUCUUUUUCUUUUAUUCAUCACAUUGGACAGGGGAAAGCUAAUGUGCUCCUUUAUAGACUCUGAAUUUCUGUGUGUUUCAAUGAAUCUUCAUGAUACCCUGUUUUAAUGAAAUAUAGCCCACAGAUUUGCCUGUGCAUUCCCAA